UUUUAAAGCAAUGCUUGCAACAGUUGAUCCAGAGUCAGUCAUAAUAAGUAAAGGCAUUUAUUUUUUUAAACGGUCGAGCGCAAACACAAUAGCGAAACCAGGAAAUGCAACCUUGGGUGAUAUUCCCACAUUGUUGUUCGCUUUUAUAGAGGUGUCACUAUUUCGGUUUGAGAGUUUCCGCCUGGAACUGAUAGAGGAACCGAGGGGAGUUAUUUGCAAUGAAGUGGUGUCAUGAGUAGAAACUACUGGGGUUUGACUUGUGCAUGUCAGUGGAAACUUCGGGAGACAGAGCACUGACACGAAUGAAUGUCCACGGAAGUUGCAAUGUAUUCUGAUGAGGAUAACCAUAAUUAUGAGGACUGGAUGUCAAGUUUGCCCGAGGAGCUGUGGGAUGUGCCUCUUUCAAGUCUCGCCAUACCAGGAAGUCAUGAUGCUAUGAGCUACUCCCUGGACAUCAACUCUCCUCUGAUCCGCUCUGAGUCUGACACCUUUAGACUCCUGGAUGGUCUCUUCUACUGCCUCACCAGACCUGCUAUCUACAGGUGGUCUACCACGCAGGAAAAAGGUAUUGUGGAGCAGCUAUCGGAGGGGAUUCGAUACUUCGACCUCCGAAUCGCCCACAAACCGUACGACCCGUCCAACGAACUGUAUUUUACACAUGUCAUUUACACUCAUCUGACAGUGGUGGAAACUCUGAGGGCCGUAGCCUCGUGGUUGGAGUCUCACUCCAGGGAGGUUGUUAUCCUAGCAUGCAGUCACUUUGAAGGACUCGACGACAAAAUACAUGAACAUUUCAUUUUCUCACUGAAGAAAAUCUUUGGGUCUAAACUCUGUCCUCGCAAGGAGACAGUGGUGACCCUGCGUGGUCUGUGGGCAUUGGGUUACCAGGUACUGCUGUCGUAUGAUGACCAGUCAGCAGCACGACACCAGGCUCUGUGGCCAGGUAUACCGUACUGGUGGGCCAACCAAUACACGGCCAGUGGGGUGGUCAGCUAUCUGGACUGGCAGAAAGACAUGGGACGCCCAGAUGGUUUCUUCGUGUCUGGUCUGAACCUGACGGCUGACCGCUCCUACAUCGCGCUGCACCCCCGUCAGUCCCUGCAGACCCUAACUCUGGCUAACUGGAAGGAGCUGAGGCCGUGGCUGGAGGAACAGGUCCCUGGACCACACUCUAACAACCUCAACAUCAUAGCAGGAGACUUUAUAGGACCUGUCCCCUUCUGUCCUCUGGUCAUCAACCUCAAUAGAAAACUGUUACGGCAGCAGAGGAUGGAUGAGAGGACUCUUAGAGGAGAGGAUGGAUGAGAGGAGUCUUAGAGGAGAGGAUGGAUGAGAGGAGUCUUAGAGGAGAGGAUGGAUGAGAGGAGUCUUAGAGGAGAGGAUGGAUGAAAGGACUCUUAGAGGAGAGGAUGGAUGAAAGGAGAGGAUGGAUGAGAGGACUCUUAGAGGAGAGGAUGGAUGAAAGGAGAGGAUGGAUGAGGAGUCUUAGAGGAGAGGAUGGAUGAGAGGAGUCUUAAAGGAGAGGAGGACUGACCAACCUACAGAUGAGAAAUAAAAUACCUGGUUUAGGGAGUAAUUCCAUCAAAAAUACGUAAUUCAAAAAGAACAGAAAACUGCUACAUCAGCAAAGUUACGACUGAGGACAACCAGUCAUUAUUUAGUUUCACUGGGAAUCAUACAGACCAUAGGAAGUCAUUCCAAUAGAAGCCCUAGAUACUUCAGAAAUGGUUCACACCCCUUGACUUUUUACACAUUUUGUUACAGCCUGAAUUUAAAAAGGAUUAAAUUGAGAUGUGUCACUGGCCUCCACUUUGACAUGUGGUAUUAUGUUUUUAGAAAUGAUUUAAAAAUGAAAAGCUGAAAUGUCUUAAGUCUAUAAGUAUUCACCCCUUUUGUUAUGUCAGGAGUAAAAUGUGCUUAACAAGUCACAUAAUUAGUGUCAUGGACUCACUCUGUGUGCAAUAAUAGUUUAACAAUAUUUUUGAAUGACUACCUCAUCUCUGUACCCCACACAUACAAUUAUCUGUAAGGUCCCUCAUCUCUGUACCCCACACAUACAAUUAUCUGUGAGGUCCCUCAUCUCUGUACCCCACACAUACAAUUAUCUGUAAGGUCCCUCAUCUCUGUACCCCACACAUACAAUUAUCUGUAAGGUCCCUCAUCUCUGUACCCCACACAUACAAUUAUCUGUAAGGUCCCUCAUCUCUGUACCCCACACAUACAAUUAUCUGUAAGGUCCCUCAGUCCAGCAGGGAAUUUCAAACACAGAUUCAACCACAAAGACCAGGGAGGUUUUCCAACUCCUCGCAAAGAAAAGCACCUAUUGGUAGAUGGUUAAAAAAAAAAAAGCAGACAUUGAAUAUCCCUUUGAUCAUGGUGAAGUUAUUAGUUACACUUUGGAUGGUGUAUCAAUAAGCCCAGUCACUACAAAGAUACAGGUGUCCCUCCUAACUCAGUUGCCAGAGAAGAAGGAAACUGCUCACCAUGAGGCCAAUGGUGACUUUAAAACAGGUACAGAGUUUAAUGGCUGUGAUAGGAGAAAACUGAGGAGGGAUCAACAACAUCGUAGUUACUCCACAAUACUAAACUAAUUGAGAGUGAAAAGAAGGAAACCUUUACAGAAUAAACUAUAUUCCAAAACAUGCAUCCUGUUUGAAAGAAGGCACUAAAGUAAAACUGCAAAAAAAAUAGGCAAAGAAAUGAUCUUUAUGUCCUGACUACAAGGUGUUAUAUUUUGGGCCAAUCCAACACAUCACUGAGUACGACUCUUCAUAUUGUCAAGCAUGGUGUUGGCUGCAUCAUGUUAUCGGUGUGCUUACCAUCGGCAAGGACUAGGGAGUUUUUUAUGAUGAAAAGAAACGGGAAUAGAGCUAAGCACAGGCAAAAUCCUAGAGGAAACCCUGGUUCAGUCUGCUUUCCACCAGACACUGGGAGAUGAAUUCACCUUUCAGCAGAAUAACCUAAAACACAGGGCCAAAUAUAGACUGGAGUUGUUUACCAAGACAACAUUGCAUGUUCCUGAGUGGCCCAGUUACAGUUUGGACUUAAAUCAGCUGGAAAAUCUACGGCAAGACUGAAAUGUCUGUCUAGCCAUGAUCAACAACCAACAUGACAGAGCUUGAAGAAUAAAAUAAUAAAAAUCAUGUGCAAAUAUUGUACAACCCAGGUAUGCAAAGCUCUUAAGAGACUUACCCAGAAAGACUCACAGCUGUAAUCGCUGCCAAAGGUGAUUCUAACAUGUUUUCAGUUUGUCAUUCUGGGGUAUUGUGUGUAGAUGGUAAAACAUGUAUUCAGUUUGUCAUUCUGGGGUAUUGUGUGUAGAUGGUAAAACAUGUAUUCAGUUUGUCAUUCUGGGGUAUUGUGUGUAGAUGGUAAAACAUGUUUUCAGUUUGUCAUUCUGGGGUAUUGUGUGUAGAUGGUAAAACAUGUAUUCAGUUUGUCAUUCUGGGGUAUUGUGUGUAGAUGGUAAAACAUGUUUUCAGUUUGUCAUUCUGGGGUAUUGUGUGUAGAGGGGUAACAACAUGUAUUCAGUUUGUCAUUCUGGGGUAUUGUGUGUAGAUGGUAAAAACAAUGAAUAACAGUUUUAUUCAGGCUGCAACAACAUGUGGAAUAAGGCGAGGGGUGUGAAUUCUCCCUGAAGCCCCUGAACCUCAUACUUACACUGAAGCCCCUGAACCUCAUACUUACACUGAAGCCCCUGAACCUCAUACUUACACUGAAGCCCCUGAACCUCAUACUUACACUCCGUAUUCCCCUUUCAAUGCUACGGGUUUUUCAACAGAAAAACUGUUACAUGAAUCUUAUAGUACAGGUCAAUAUUUAGUUUUAGAGGGUCAUUAAGCCCACAAAAAGUCAUUCCAAAAGAACCACUAAAUAGGCUACCUCUUAUUCAUACGUCCGUUUUCCCUUUUUCUAUGCAAUGGAUAUUCAAAUAUGUACAGGAAUAUUCUACUUUUUUACAGUGAUGAUAUAUUCAAUUUAAGAGAUCACAUGUUACACAUGCAUUGUUUCUCCACUGAAACAAGCAGAUCCAGCCCAGGUGAGAUGUGAAACAUGAUAGACAGUUAAUAAUUAAUCAAUAUACUGUCAUACCUUGACACUUUCCUGUUAACAUAUUUACAUUUAAAUGCAUUUUAUCAUUCAUACAACCAAGAGUUGUUUGGUUUUCUGAUGAAACGGCUUUUUGUGUGUUCCCUAAUAAAAGGAUGUUAUAUAUAACAGGAA